AUGCCUAAGGCUGAUGCUGAGGCGAGUAUAUCGCGUAAAAGUUCCAUGACUUCCAUCGCCGCAAUGGCGACUUCGUGUUCGUUUCUUUCUUUCUUGACAUUUAGUCAUUUUUGUACUCAAUCUGUCGAUUAUCAACCCUGAGGAAAGUCAAAAAAAUAAAACAAUGUCUUUUUGGUAAAUUAAGUUUCAUAGAAGGGAUUUCGUAGGCUUUCGCGAGUCGAAACGCGCUGGAAUUGUGAAUAGAGAUCAUAGAUGGGCAAGUACAGAACUCAUUCAGCCCGGGAGGAAGAGUUGGCCCACAAAAAGUUUGGGAAAUUUGAGAAUUAAAUCAAGUUUCAACCUCUGGGAGGUCGUUUUGGUCGAGAUAAUACAAUUUUUUAGCCUCAGGGAGUAGUUUUAACUUCAAUUUAGAAAAACUUGGGAGGAGGAGUCGACUGCCCAAAAAAUGGUCUGACCAUGUAUGAUAGAGAUUAACUUAAUAGCAAAGCAAGUCCCUUUUUCGAUCCAUGGCCGUCGGACUGGAAACUACUUGCGGGCGCCUUCAUCUUAUUUCACAGAAAUUGUUCAACAGAUUAAAAGCGACUUAAUGGGUCAUUUUAUGUGAUGAUUACAUGUCAGGGAUUCAGAAUAUAGAAAACACGAAAUGAAUUUCAGAUAUGUCAACGGAAACUUGUCGAGUUUGUGGCGACGGGAACGCCAAAACGCAUUAUGGCGUCGUCACUUGCUUCGGAUGCAAGGGAUUCUUCAGAAGAACGUCAGUUUCUUUUGUUUCGAAAAUUCAACUUAUUAAAUUUUUUCUGCUAUGAUUUUGUUUAAAGCUUGUAUGUAGCUUAUUCCGCCGCAGCUUGUCACGUUUUUUUUUCAAAUUACCGUAUACGUUUUUUUUUCCGGUAGAAGUAGCGUACACCUUUUUUCGGCCAAAAUACAGUAAUAUUUUUUUAAUCUGGAUAUCAUGUACAAAGGCAUAAGUUUAUUUUAAAAUUAAAUUUUUCUUUUUCUUUUUUCAUCUUCAUAUUUUUCACUAAUCUUUGAGUUUCCAGAAAAGUCAUAUUUUUACGUGUUAUUAUGUUAAAUAUGGUUUUAUCCGAAAAUUUAGACCCCUUCAGUGUUUUGAAAUUUUAUUGUGUGAGAUUUUUUCAGAAAGUCUAAUUUCAUAGUAUUAUCUAUUCAUCCGUGUUUCUUUUUCCAGUUUGAAACGUCCGACGGAGUACCAAUGCAGACAUAAUGGCACCUGUGUCGUUGAUCGACAUGAGAGAAAUUCUUGUCGGUUCGUUAUUUAAUUCGAUAAGGUUUAAUUUGAACUUCUUUUCGAUCAAAUCACUUUAUUUUUGUUUGAAUAACGAAAAUUCAGGUACUGCCGAUUCAAGCGAUGCAUCGAAGUGGGAAUGGACCCGAAAGGUUGCUUUUUUAGAAUUUCGAUAUCUAACUUAACUCUUUGGUUUUCCGGCUUUCUCUCUUCAAAUUUCUCACGUCUAACAAUCGACUUUCCUACGUUUUUUCUUCACAAAUCUUGUUCAAAAAGUUCCUCGUUGAGUCUUUUUUUUUGUUUUUCGAGUCAAGCAUCGCUUUUUGCAACAAAUUUUAGUUUACUGAACAUUUUAUAAAAUUAUCUUUCAAAUCACCUCUCUCCAUCACAAUCUCACUUCUUGGACCUGAAAGGGGUGCGUCUUUUGAAUAUCUUCGCAAUCCUUCUCUUUAUUUUUUCACAUUUAUUUUCUCUCUUCUUGGAGGUCAUUUUUCUCUGCGGUUGGUAACCCAAUGAAAAUCGGCCACAAAAUUCAUUGGUGUACCAGAAAAAAAAUCCUGAAAGUCUCAACCUGCAAAAAUUCCUAUUUUUCGAGAAACAAAGCUCUAAAAAUGGCUUAUUUUAACGAUUUUCUUAGACUGUGAGGUGUGAGAACUAGGAAGUUGUGCCAGUUGAAAUCUUCAGAAUUUUUUUCUGGUAUCUUAAUCAGCGCUUUGGCCAAUUCCUAGGAAUUUCCAACCCCAAGGUAAAAUGACCUUUUUUGUCGAUUCUUAUAAAAAAAAAAUUUAAAUAAAAGCUGAGUUUCGGUGUUUUCAGCCGUGCGACCUGACCGCGACGCCACCGGCCGCCAUUACCAGGGCCGUCAGCGGCGGUCGAAGCUGUCGACGGAAGACGAGGGCGAGGUCGAUGCGGAGUGGAUGCGCAAGCUUCCCGUAGACAUGCGCACCACCCUCAUGCAGCUCCUCAACAUUGAUCUCAUUGUUCGUUGUUUUUCUCGAUUCAAAGUUCCAAUAAAGUACCUCUAGAAAACACUUGAAUGGGAGUUUUGGCGAGGAAUCAGUUGAGCGUAAGCUUCUACUAAUUUUUGUGGAAGGAUUCGAAAAUUCUAAAAGACUUGAAGUAAAUUAUGAAGCGGGAGUAGCUUUUCUAAACUUUUUCCAUAUUUUAGCUCAAUUGACGUUUUGAAAAAAAAUCUACUUUAAAUUUUUCAAAUUUAAAAAAUUCAGGUUGGGGGAGGAGACGCCCAUACGGACCCGACGACGCUCUACCCUCUGCCGUUCACUUCAAUUCGACAACUCUUGGAAGAUCCUUCCUUGCUCGACGGCAAAAGAGUUGAGGUCUGACUUUUUGAUAGUCCUUCAGAAGGUUUUCUAGUGAAUAAAUGAAGAUAUUACCCUGGGAACAGUCUCACUAACGCUAUAAUUUUCCUGAAUUGGCGCCAAAACGCGUCUUAACCGCUUUGCACAUGUAGCUGGUUCACGGCUGGCUUGAGCCACCGAAAACUGGUCUUGAUACGAUAAUAAAAGAGGUAGCGCCUGGCUGUGGAGAGUGCAGACAGGCCACGCCCAAGCUAGCCGUGAAUCUACCAUACAGUGUCAAAGUCGCCGUUUCAAGUCGAAAAAAAGAUAUAUAUAUAUAUAUAUAUAUAUAUAUGGGUCUAGAUGAGGUACGAAGCGUUGAGGGAAGUCCUUCCGGACGAGAUGCCCGUCAUCGCCCACAGACGUCUCAUCGCCAUCAUCGACUGGACGGACCACGUUUUCGACAUGAUGGACGUUCACAACAUGGAUGACAAGGUAUACACAAAGUCAAGGGCGAGGGAACAACUUUGAAGUACGAAUAAUGGUGCAGUUCAAGUUGAUAUUGCAAAAGUAGCACGGUUCUCUAAUGUAUCCUGAUGAACGCCAUUGUCCCCCUAGGUUAGAGGAAAACAGCCUCUACAGGGGGACGUAAAAGAGUGUUAGAAAAGAUCCUCAAAAGGCCGCAAACAUUGCCCCUAUAGGGACCGCUCUGGAGCUCCUAAAUGGUCAGUUCGCCACGGUUUGCAAGAGCUUGAUUUCUUUGAGCCCUCCUUCUCACUCGGCGAGCCUCUCAGAGUGCCGUGCUAUUUUUUUGUUUCUCUGAACUCGCCGGUGAGGGGACAGAGAGACGCAGACACGCAAAAGCCUUCAAGUCGCUACUAAAGGACUAUGCCAGAGAAGAUAGACUUCAUAAAAUGAAAAUUAUUUUUAUUGUUGCAAAAAGAAAUCGAAUGCUCUAUGACUCUCUGCAAACUCAAGCAAACCUUUGUUGAUAGACUACUGAAGCUCAUUUUUGACAAAAAAAAAACCAAAAAUUUCUUAAUGUUUCUUUAAAGCUGCUGAUGGUGAAGAACGCGUUCGCCCCGCUGACGGUGUUCAGCUUCUGCGCCAACACGGCGCGAUCGACGAAGCGACGCGAUAUCGUGUCGAUGAACACCUUCGGCUUCAUCGGUCGCUACACGGCCAACGCCUGGAAUGAGCCCUAGUAAGCUUGAGAAAAGAAAAAAUGUAGACAUUUUUUGCUGACUCGAAACUUUCUAGUUCAAAGGCAAGGGUGGCUUGUUUCGUAUGCGACGCGGCUUUUGGCGGGAAUUUGAGAUAUUAUAAGCGUUUUUCUUCUUGUUUUUGAUAGUUUCCUUGUAAUGUUAGUUGAGUAAAUAAAAGUUGCGCAACUUUUCUUUCAUUUUUCCCGCGAUUUGACCUCGAGUUCUCAAGUCUUGCCAAUCUUUUAAUAACUUCUUCCACGUCGCCAAAAAUUGAUUAUUUAUUGGAAUGAAGAUCAAAAUAUCUCGAAAUUGCAGUCACUUUGCCAAUCACCUUGCCGAAAGAUGCAUCGACGAGCUGAUCGAGCCACUCCGGAAAAUGAGCCUCAAAGAGGAGGAGGUCACCCUCCUCAAGGCCAUUAUUGUCCUCAAUCCCUGUAAGUUCAAGAGAUUUUGAAAAAAAAAUUUUGAGCUUUUUUGAAAAGUUCAAAGUAGGAGUUAUCCACGGUUUAUUAAAAAUUUCAUGAUUUUCUUAGAAAUUGAGACAUUUUUUGUGGGCCAGACUUAAUUUUAAAAAAAAACUCAUGUCUUGCCUUUGUUUUGAAGAUUUUGCUAGUUCAGAGUGUCGUAUUUUUCUCAAAAAUAGUUUUUUAUCCACUUAUUCGACCAGAAGUUUUAUCUCCUGAUUUUAUAAUUUUAAUGCAUAAUUAUGUCUUCUUGCGAUUUCAAAUUAGAAAAGAAGUACGAUUACUGGAAGAAGUUCAACUUCAGUUGUGAAAAACAUGUCUUCGGACACGUCGGAGGCGAUAAUGGACCUCCGGGAUCGGAUACAGGAGACGCUGUACCACGUCGUCCGCGAAACCCAUCCCAAAGAGGUGGCCAGCAGUCGUUUCGGCAACUUACUGCUUUUCGUUCCGGCUGUUAUGGUGAUUUUUUCUUUCUCAGUAGGGAAGGUAGACUAGUGAUAUCAACAUUUUUCGUUUUUAGAAGGGGAAAAGAAAGAUUGCGGCAAUAGAUUAUGGAGUAAGUGACUCUCAAAGAAGUUGGCGAUUCAGCAAGUUUUUUUUUUUCAAUUUAUUCCUGGACAGCCCAGAAGAAUAUUGAUUGGAAUCGUUUUUUUUUGUUUGCUGCAGUAGGCUCUGAAAACAAUAUUUUAAGCUAUGUUUCUUCUAGUUGAACUUUUUUUCGUGUACCUUUUCUGAAAUAAUCGAUAUUUUGCGGUAUUUCAGAUGCUGGGCAAGUUGAUUAUCGAAAACCUGACGUUCGUCGAUUCGUUCGGCAACAUGGUGGACCGACUGAUGCACGACCUUUUGGACGAUUCCCCGACCGCCUCCACCAGCUCUCCCAAUGAUGUAAGAUUGGAAAUUUGUAUGAAAAAUAGGUCAGAAAAAGUUUUAUCUUUGGAGUAUCUUUCCAAACACCUGUCUUUCAAGUUUGAUUCAUGGUUCACAAAAAAAAGUCAUCCAGAGCUUGCAAAAUAUUCCGGUUAGUUAACUAACUAAACGGAAUAUCGAAUUCUCACACUUUUUGGGUAAAAUCAGUCAUUCUAAAUUUCAAAAGUUCAUAUCUCGGCUCGAAAUGCUCAGAAUCAGGAACACUAACAUUUUUUUUACGUUUUCAGGGGAUCUUCUUUCCUAUAGAGCCAUUUGGUAUAUUCAAGGACCAUUAAGAUUUUUGAAAUAUCGAUUAUUUCGGAGUGAAUUCAUCAUUAAUUUAAUUUUUGAUCCGCGAAUCUCUAGUAGUCGCCAGGAAAGCGUUGAAAUCUUUGAGAAUCUUUUUGAUCAAAUCCAUUAGCCGAUUCGUUUCGUUCGAAGUGAUACCGAUAAAAGAUCAAAAAUGUACUUUUUGUUAUGACCUUCUCUGAAAAUCUUUUUCUCUAGAAAUCAGAGAAAUUCACUGAAACUGUGUUACGCAAAAACACGCUCUUUUUGAUUAAUCCAACUACUCCAGAAAUGAUUUGCUUUGAAUUAAAUACAAGUCACGAUAUGAACUAUUUUCUGCGAAAACCCUCAUAAAAUACUGAUUUUUGCAGUCGAACGGCGUCCAUAACGUCGAGAUGAACGGCUCAGAACCGCAGUCGCCCAAAAUGAGCCGACGUCUUUCGGAUCCCAAAAUGGUGCACUCGUCGAGCUCUUCGAGCGUCGAGAGCCUCAACUCCUUCCCCUGCACAUCAAACUCCUAUCAGAACAAUGUCGGAUCGUUACCCUACAAGUAUGCCCCCAAAAAAGAAGACUUUUCAAAUCAACAUCCUCAGUUUGUCCUGCAAUUCGUUGCCUUCGCAGAUGACCCAGUUUGAUGUUGCUCUGAACGGAGCCUCAUCCAUGCCGAACCUGGAACUUCAAGACUGCGACCCUGACUACAACAUGACCAUCACCCCGGACAUGUACAGCGGUGAGUUUUUAUGGAAAAUGGGUGAUUUUGAGCAACGCAAUAGCAAAUUUGCCCUAUGGAACAUGAGCCUCUGACCUUGCUAACCUUACGGCCCAGACCUUUCUGAGCGAUUCAAGGAACCACUUAAGAGUACUGACGCCCCUGAAGUUGUCCCUAAAAAUCCUCAGAAGCGUCCGGUUUAUAUUAUCGCAAGUCCGAGUUAGUUUUUAAUAAAAAUUUCAUGACUAGGAAAUUAAAAUUUUUCCAAUUGAGAACUUGUGUCUGAGUUUUAGAACUUGAAAUUGAGCCUCCCCUUUGCAAAAAGCUGAAAGCUGGUCAUAAAGAUCGAUAAAAAAUCAAUUUUUCUCAUUUUCAAAAGCUCCUUAUUUGAAGCAGAAAUUUGUUUCAAAAUCUCAAAGCUGUCAAUAAUUUCAAGCCCUUAAGAAUAAUAUUUCAAGUCAUUUAGAAGAAAUUUUAUAGUUUCGAACCAUCGGAAACUCUCCUACCCCUUCAUUUUUGUAGGGUUGUCACAAAAAAAAAACAAAAAGAGCUUUUUUUUCAGACAUGCGACAAGCGAUGACAGCCGCCCACACGGUCGACGGUAAUGAGAUCGAACAAAAGACUCAUUCGCAGGGCGAGUUCGCGAAACUCGCGCGUCGCGAUUCCGUGCCGGCGUCGCCGACCCAGACGCCCAUGUUCUACAUUUCGACGGUGGAGACCGGCACCAAGCACAAGUUCACCGUCACCACCACCUCUUUCGAUAAGUCAGUGAAUGUUGGGGGAGAGGUCUUUCCAAAGAAAACUUAUAACAUUUGAACUGAAACUUUCAAAGUUCUUAAGAAACUGAAAAGCUGAAAAAGCUGCCUUUAUCGUUAUGUUUGAAGUUAAAGUUGGGUUUGUUCUGAAAACUUUCCAGAAUACUCCUUGUUGUACCAGAUGAAGCUCCUGAAAGCCUCAACCUUUUUGUAGUUUCUGAGAAAAGACAUAGGAAGUUUGUAGUUUUGAGAAAAUCAUCAAAGUCUUCUACUAGCAGACUUUGAGCCUUCAUUUCUUGAAAACUGAGAAGAUGUGCAAUUUCACUUCUUCAGAAUCUUCAUAAGGGACAUCAAGGAGUAAUCUGACUGGAUUUUAGGGAAAUUUGAAUUCCAAAGGAAAACCUUGUACCUUGCACCUUGUACUUUGCAAGUAGACCCUUCUUAUAAAUAUCCAAAACAAGAUUUGCUGAUUUCAGUGGCUACGCGACCCCGAACGGACAGAUGAAUGGACAUGGCAAUGUUCAGCAGCAGCCACCACAACAACCCCAACAGUUCAUGAACAUGCAGCAGGGAAAUCCCAACGGCUACGGAAUAAACAUGCAGCCGCCGCAACAGCCGCAGACUCUGUGCAAGACAACGUCGCUCCCUCCGCAGUACAUGCAGCAGCAGCAGCAGCAGCAGCAGCAGUACGACGCCAACUUCGCCCCCAUGGAGUUCGAAGAGUGCAAUUAUAAUAACUAUUGAUUCAUUCUUUGUUGUUCUCUGUACUGAUUCAAGUUUCCAACAAGAUCGGGCAUUUCACUUUACGCUUAGGAAUUUUACGAAAAUUGGCCAGAAGAAAUCGAUGUAUUUAGUCUGUUGAGAUUUUUUCUAAAGGUAUAAGAUAUUUUGUGCAGAAAAAAAGGGGCAAUUGCGUGGCUAUCUCAAAUGAAGGUCCUGAAAUUUUCUCAACUCUCAAAACUUCCUGGUUUUCUUUUGAUCCUCGAAGAUGGAUAAAAUCAUCAGAACGCGUAAAAAUAGGCCAUUUUAAUGCUUUGAGUCGUGUCAAGAAUACUGAUGUAGGUUUAGACUAUCAGAAGCUUGCCGGUUUUCAGAAUGCUCCUAAUCACAAAAUAAAAUGGCCUUUCUUGUGAUUAUCCUUUUGAAACCCAUAUUAUGCACUUUUUGAUUACCAGAUGAUUAACCUUUUUAUCUCUAGUUUGGUUCCCAGAUGGUUCAGCCUUUUAUCAUGUAUCGGCUAGAUUUUGCUAAUUUUUUGGUUUAUUAACUGCCUUCGGUUAAUCACUUUUGAUAGUCAGAUCGACAUCGAUUUCUUUCCUUCUCCUUAUUUUGGGUUACUGUUGUACGAGAGUCUGUCUAGACCUUUCAAGAGCAUUUUUUUGUUCAACGAUUUUCGUCUUUAUAUCUUCUUGUUACAUUUUCCUGUGUGUUGCCGAAUGUUGAGAUUUUGUUUUUCCUUUAUCCAAUUCGCAAUUUGGUGCUGAGGUUCGUUGCCAUGUCAGGGAAUAAUACGAUGUUAGGCAUUAUACAGUUGUUCCCAUCAAAAUUCGAUUUUACCCUUGAUUUUGACAAAAGAUUAUAUGGAUAACGUGAAUUUUUCAACCUUGUAAAUUUUUGAGUUUGUAAUAAAUUUCGGUUCUCAACUUUUUUCACGAUAGUUAUUUGUGAAAUUCAAAGAAGUUUACAUGCAUAUGCUGUGGUUGAGGUGAGCUUUUUCUUGAAGAUUUUUUUUUCUUUUAAAGGCGCAGGUCAUUUCCCGACCUCAGCGCCUUUAAAUAACUGAAAAAUACUAUUUUCAGAAUUUAAAUUUCAAGUCUGCGCUCAAGCUCCGCCCCUAAAGGCGCAAUAAACCAAUCAGAGAGCGAGCCAUUCAUAGAGCGUUUUCGAAUGACGUCACUUAGCUUGACAGAAAAAUUCUGAGCAGACUAUAGUGAAUAUGAGUUGACUUGUUCAUUUUUUCCAUAACAUUUUGGAGAGUUCACAAAAAUAAGAACUGUAUUCACAGUUUGUCGAGCUGUUCAACAAAAAAGAACCAUUUGUUUGCCGCGAACUUUGCUGGAGAAACUCUUUUUCUGCUCCCUCAAUUCUUUUACUUUUUGGAGUAAACAGAGCAUGGGUGGAACUCUUGGCGACGAGUACACAGCCGAAUGGAAAGGAAAACACGAAUUGCCGCCCGAGAAUCUUCAGUUCCUUCGGAGUUGUUCGAGCUGGCGGCGGGAUGGUCGCCGUCAAGCCCCAGGUACGCCCGCUUUUCGAUUAUUUUCUUUCAUUAAGGGGCCAGAUACGUAGCUUUUUUGGUAGAAAAGCUCUGCCAGUAACUAUGAUGAAUUGUGAAACAAAAAGUUGGUCAGUAAAUGAGUAUAUUUUUGGUCGAAUUCAUGAUGAAGAGGGAAAAAAUAUCGAAAAAUCUUCUUUUUCGCACCAUAUCACUUUUUAUUGGUAUGAAACUCUCACAAAACAUUUUUUUAAUUCUGUUAAAAUCAUAAUAAAGUGUGCCCUCGAGCCUCAGAAAAAAAAUUUUUUUUCUUGGCGCUCUCUUACUUUCAGGGUCAUGAUAAAGUGUAAAAAAGCAUAGACAAGGAAAGUAGGAAAAUAGGAAAAGAAACUUUCAAAUUUCCGAAUAAUGAAAUGGAGAAUUUCAUUAUCCACUUUUCAGUGAAGAAAAAAUGUUUCCCAGCAUUUUUAAAUUCCUUUAACAAUCAAAAGUGGCGCUAUCAUGUUCAAAGCUGACUGUUUUCAAAAAUUUUUUCCUGAAUUUUCUCCGCUUCUGUGGAUUUACCGACCUGUCAGUGCCGCCAGUUGAAAGUAAACACGAAUGGUUCCAAUUCUUUGCCUUUUUCCCGCUUUAUAAACAUCUAGAUUCCUCAUUUCGACUGAAUAUCUGCGCCCUUGAAGCUUCUUACAAAUGCUCAUGGUAUGACUUUUUUUCAAAAUCAAACUCCUUGAUAAAAUCAAAAAACUGCUGUUGAAUAGAAGAGAAAUGAACUGGCUUUUUGGUUUCGGGGCGGAUUUCAAAAAGCGUACCGGUUGGGGUUUUUGUGAGGAAAAUGGAUUAGCCAAAGCUUUGGCCGGGUUUCCCUGCACCGUAGCGUGCUGUGCUGCAACCCUCUUCAGCGCCAAAAAAUUAUCCGACCGUCGAAAUUAACUGAAAUGCGCCUUUUCAAUACCUAUCACGAAUAUGAACCGGUACGUUGUCAUUAUUUGCUUUCUAAAGGGAUUCAGUUAGAUUAGAAGCCAGUUCUUCAUACUGUUGAAUGGAAAAAAGAAAUCUCUGAUCUGAAAAGUUCAGCUUCCUUCCUGUCUAAUUGAAAAAAGGAAGCUCUUUUUUUCAAGAUCCUGAACAAGUUUCUUUUUUUUCUUUUUUUAUUAAUCGUACCAAAUAAAAAAUUAACUGUUGUCCUUGUGAGCAGGUUGGACGCAGCCGCAGACUAAAUAAGAAUAAGAAUGCGAAAUUGAUUUCUCAACAAUCUAUUUCAUUUUCAAGUUUCUUUUGCAACGAGCGUAUCAUUUUUUGGAAAAUUUGAAAUUUAUAGCAAAUAAUUCACAGAAAGUUGAAUAGUUAGGGCGAGCACCAAACUGAACCAAUUUUUUGUACGAUUUUCUGAGUUUGGGUAUUCUCUUUGAAGUUUUGAAACGAAAACGGGAAGUUAAGACCGAUUCCAAGCAAGAGAGCUUUUAGGCUAAACUUGAGGUUUUUCUUUGAAAUUAGAGGCUUGAAAUUCAUAUCCAAUUUUUUUUCAAUCACUUUUGAGCAUCCUAUGAAGUCUGUCAGAGUUUUUUUAAUUGGAAAAAGUUUUUCACUUUUUGGCAUUUUUUUAUUUUUUUAUUUUUAAAGGGUCUUUUUUUCGAUAAGUCAAUAAAAAAAUCUAUCUUUCGCUAGCUUUUUUUAAACUCAUAGUUUCGAAAAAAACUAAUAUUAUGCAAUUUUUUUGAAAGCUACAAAAUCCAAAUCGAUUCAUAUUUCGCGACAUCUCGCCACAUCGCGAAUGUUCGAUUUGUAUAGGUCUAUUCAAAUCUAUUGUCAAUGGUUUAAUAUAUGCACAUUUUUCAACCCUAUAAACAUACCGCUUUUUUGGUUUCCUGUGCUUCUGAGUAAUCUUUUCCAGGUGUUUUUCGCCGAGCUUUUGUAUGCUUCCCAGGGUGUGGUGUCAAGAUUCCGGACCGGAAAUGACGUCACUCUUGACUCAUCGUUUAAGAUUUCCGGAUUACUCUUAGUCAGCAAGAGGAGAUAGUUGAUUUUGGAAAAAUUUGCUCUUGAAAUGAUUUUUUGACGGGUUCUACUUAUUAAAAAUCAUCGAAGUUUUUAGAUAAGGGGCUCCUAAAAAUCAAAAAAAAAAGCUGCUUUAAAUGUCUAUUUCAAGGAUUCUUAUACUUUUUUUACGCCUAACUUUAGAUUAGAACCAUAUAUUUUUUGAGAUCGCAUUUGAUUUUCCACUUACUCUGGAAAUUUCUCAUUUCUGAACCAUGUCAACCCAAUUUUGCGGCCAAUAAUUUUUUUUUAAAAACUUUUCGAAUUAUUUUCCUUUCUCAUCUGAAAAGUUUCUGAGUUUCUUCUUUAGCACAAUCUUGAGCUACAUCAAUUAUAAUUUAAACCCGGAAUAGAAUUUAAGUUUGAUCUUCUGCUACUGCACAUCAAAUAAAACACGAGAUUUCAGAUUAUUCAACAUUGGACGAAUAAAAACGUGUCCGGACCAAUGUGGGUCAGUCCCAUUAUUUUUUGCCUCUCUCGAAAUGACCGUCAGGUUCUCUGAGUUACACCCAACUGGUUAUGGACUUUUGUAAUUUCUGUUUGGUCAAUCAACUUUGAGUAAUAAUUUUUAGUUUUCCAGCUUGCAGAGAAAAAAAAUUGAAACAUUUUCUAAUUUUGUAGGGGUUCCGUUUGAAUUCACUUAUGGAAAUUCUGUUUGUUCAAGUUAUUUUUCUUAUAUUUUAAAAACGAUUUGGAAUCCCUUUUGUUUCAAAAUCCAUCAUGAAACUCAAAAAACGCCGAUUUUACAUCAUUUUUCCAUUCCUUCAGUGGAGUUUGGCAAUAAAGUUUGAUGUCAAAAUAGGAAGUGAAUGGAAAUGGUUGAGACACGGCCGUAAUCCACAAUUCGUCAUGCACCAACGCAUUCGAAGAGCCGGUUUUCCCGUCCCAUGUGCUGUUUUGUAUUUGUAAUCCGAAAUAUGUAACAGGCCAUGGAACUCAGUCAGAUUUUGUGUUCCGAUUUCGGUUUUUUUUUGUAUUUGAAAAAUCAGUUUUCAAAAAGAGCUCUUUGUUAGUUUGAUAGAGUGCUGAAUUUAUUUAGAUCUAAAAAAACCAAAUUUUACUGCAAUUUUAAUCAUUUUGUCUCUUCCGCGUUGCUUUUCAUCCACAUCAUUUUUCAAGAGGAGAUGGGGAUAUAUUAGAGUUUAUGUUAACUAUGAAGCUUCUCCUAUCUGAGAUUACCAACAAAAUCACGUUUUUUUUAAUCUAAAAACGUGGAAAUUCAUUCAUAAACAUACUUUCGAGGUUAAGGAGGCUACAGCUUCGAAAAAUACUCGAGCUUAUCAUACGGAUAGGCUUUUCAUCAAAAUUUAUUCAAAAUAUGCACAGUCGAGGCUAUUUAUGAAAAGCGCCGCCAACAGGUGAACAAAACAAAAAAGGCUCCCUGGAACAACAAUGGAUCGAUCAAUGGAUCAGGUGUUGGGUGGCCUGCUUUUGUGCUCUUUAGUGGCUGCCUGCGGCGAUUUUCUCCAGUCAUUGUUGACACACAAACAACACCUCGGCCCGAUGGGCUCUUCGGGCUCAUUUUCGCCUAUUCCGCGAGGAUUAUUUUUGGUUUGGCAAGGCAGCGAGUGAUAGCACAGAUUGAGCAGAACGGCCGCAAAGGCAACUUCGAGGAAUGUAUGCUCCAAGGAUAACUUUUCAGAAGAGGCAUGGUCUUUGCGGUGUUUCUCAGAAGAAGUCUCGAAGGCAGAUUGAAGUUUGAACACACAAACUUCAAUCUGCCUUCGAGACUUCUUCUGAGAAACACCGCAAAGACCAUGCCUCUUCUGAAAAGUUAUCAGGAGCAAGGAUAACUGUUCAGAAGAGACAUUGUCCACGGGGUGUCUUUUUUUUUAGCAAAACUUCCGGAGGCAACUUCGAUGCAUGCAUGCUCUGUCGAUAACUUUAGGUUUGUGCGAGGGUCGGCCCGUCAGCCUAUCGGACCCCGGCGAUUUCCCAAGCCCGGCCGUAGAGAGGCCUCAAGCAAAAAUGGCCGGCCCGGCCUAA